CCGAAACCCAAGACUCAAUCCACUGCUUACUCCCUUGUCCAAUCUACUGUAAGCUUGCCGACAAAAUUACCUAUUCCCUUUCGUUUUACUGACUUUUGUUUCCCUUCUUUCUGCAGAUACUUUGAUCUCACUCCUCAAUCCUCAUAUCGCUAUCUGGGCAGAAAGUUUCUUUGGUUUGUUGGAGGAUUUGGGGUUACUAUUUGAUAAUUGUUUGUGUUCCAUUUUUAUUAUAUAUGGCCUGAGUUAUAUAUUUCAUGGGAGGUUUAGAGGACAGUGAACGACCUACAAAACGUGUAAAAGUGGCCUCUAGAGAAUCAGGAUGUCUUUUGAACGGAAUAUCUCCUACUGAGCCUGCAAGUUGCUCACCGAGCAACUCAAUGGCUCGGUCUCUAGCAUUUCAAGCAGACACUGAGGUUGUUGGUUCAAAGCGUGUUGUCAAGAAAGUUGAAUUUGUCCAAAUCAUAUCUGAAGCAUUAUAUUCUCUUGGGUAUAAGAGGAGUGGGGCAUGUCUGGAGGAAGAGUCUGGGAUACCUUUGCACUCCUCAAUUGUAAAAUCAUUUAUGCAGCAAAUCCUCAAUGGAAAAUGGGAUGAAAGUGUAGCCAGUUUGCAAAAAAUUGGUGUAGUAGAUAAAACAAUUAUAAAGUUGGCUUCUUUCUUAAUAUUUCAGCAGAAAUUUUUUGAACUUCUGGAUGGUGACAAUGUCAUGGGUGCGUUGAAGACAUUGAGGACUGAGAUAGCACCUCUAUACGUAAACCAUGAUCAGGUCCGCGAGCUUUCCUCCCAUAUCUUGUCUCGUUCACGACAGAAUCUUGCUGGCAUAUCAGGCCAGCAAAUUGUAAGGAUGAAAUCACGUUCAGAACUAUUAGAGGAAUUGCAGAAAUUGCUCCCCCCUUCUGUCAUGAUACCUGAAAAGAGGUUGGUGAAUCUUGUGGAACAGGCUCUUGACUUGCAACUAGUUGCUUGUAGGUUUCACAACUCUUUGGUGGGUGAAAUAUCGCUGUUCACUGACCACCAGUGUGGUAGAGAUCGAAUUCCUUCUCAGACCUUACAGAUCUUAGAGGAGCACAAUGAUGAAGUCUGGUUCUUGCAGUUCUCCCAUGAUGGAAAAUACCUGGCCUCGUCAUCUGCUGAUUGUUCUGUUAUUAUUUGGGAGGUCAAAGAAGACAGUCAAGUCCUUUUAAAGGAUCGGUUUUCUGGUCACCAGAAGCCUGUCUCGUAUAUUUCCUGGAGCCCCGAUAGCAACCAGAUUCUCACUUGUGGACUGGAGGAAGUUGUUAGGCAAUGGGAUGUUGCCUCUGGGGAAUGUGUUCAUGUUUAUGAAAAAGAUGGUGUUGGUCUGAUUUCGUGUGGAUGGUCUCCAGAUGGCCAAAGUAUAUUUUCCGGUGUUACUGACCAAAGUAUUAGCAUGUGGAGCCUAGAUGGGAAGGAGGUGAAAAGUUGGAAAGGGGAAAAGACUAUUAAGAUUCCGGAUAUUGGUAUAACAACUGACGGGAAGCAGAUUAUUUCUGUUUGUAAAGAUAACAUGAUUUCAUUAUUUAGACAGGAAUCAAAUACUGAGGAAUUAAUUGAGGAGGAUCAAGACAUAACCUCUUUCGUAUUAUCCAGGGACAAUAAGCACCUCUUGGUUAGUUUGCUUAACCAAGAAAUUCAUCUUUGGUAUAUAGGUGGACAUCCAAGGUGCAUAGCCAAAUUUAAAGGUCACAAACGCCUUCGCUUCGUUGUAAGGUCCUGUUUUGGUGGACUCAACCAAGCAUUCAUUGCUAGCGGAAGUGAGGACUCCCAGGUUUAUAUAUGGCACAAAAGCUCCGGGGAACUUGUUCGGACAUUGUGUGGACACUCUGGGACUGUCAACUCUGUGAGCUGGAACCCAGUAAACCCUCAUAUGCUAGCGUCUGCCAGUGAUGAUCGGACUAUUCGCAUAUGGGGGUUGAAUAGUGUAAACAUGAAGCAAAAUGGCUCGGUUAGUAAUGGCGUCCAUUAUUGCAAUGGCAGAGGGAGAAGUCUAUAACCUCUUGUUUUCCCAAUGGUUUCUUUUCCAUCCAAUGUCAAUUCAGCAUUUACAUUGAGCAAGAAUAUGAAAUGUGCAUUAACUUUUUUAAGUAAUAAAAUACCUUUGAAUCGGUCA